GUUGUAGUAGUUGAGAUUUUAAUUAAAAGAGAAGAAGGAAACAAUUAGUUGGGGAAAAGAAAAUAAGAGAAAUUGAGAGAAAUGGCAGCAUUCACAGGAACUCUUGACAAGUGCAAGGCUUGUGACAAGACUGUUUAUUUUGUUGAUUUGCUGUCUGCUGAUGGAGCUACUUACCACAAAUCUUGCUUCAAAUGCAGCCAUUGCAAAGGCACUCUUGUGAUGAGCAACUACUCUUCCAUGGAUGGCGUUCUCUACUGCAAGCCUCAUUUUGAACAACUAUUCAAGGAGUCUGGAAAUUUUAGCAAGAACUUUCAGACUACAAAGCACGACAAGGAAAAUUCCUCGAAUAAAGCCCCAAACAAGCUCUCUGCUAUGUUCUCUGGAACUCAAGAUAAAUGCCCUGCUUGCCACAAAACUGUGUAUCCUUUGGAGAAGGUGAUAAUGGAGGGCGAAUCGUUCCACAAAUCAUGCUUCAAGUGUGCUCAUGGGGGCUGCCCACUAACACACUCCUCCUACGCUGCUCUGGAUGGGAUCCUCUACUGCAAGGUCCAUUUCCAGCAGCUCUUCAUGGAGAAAGGAAACUACCAGCAUGUGCUUGAGGCUGCCACAAACAGAAAGAGUGCUGUGGAAACGCCCGAACCUGAGUCCGACCAAGCAGAGGAGAAGGCAGACGACGACCAGGAAAAAACAGAGGAAGAGGAGGCUAAGCCAGAUUCCGAGCUAGAAUCUGACAAGUCACAAGAGCAGUCUUAAAGUGUUCAUAAAAAAAAAAAACAGUCGUAUUUCAGGUUUUUGUUUUAAGUUUACAUCAAAGUUGUUCCCCUAAUUAAGUUAAUUUCUUUUCUUAUGUAUUCAGUUUCUUGACGAGUUUUAAUAUUGUUUUAUUUUUUUUAAAUUAAUUCUUGUAAUUUCAAUGAUCACACUUUUGUGUGGAGUUGGUCAUAGCGCUCAAGAAGUUGUAUACCUUUAUUCAUAAUGAUGAAAAGCUUUUUUGUACAA